AUGUUUGACACUUUUGCAGUGGCCGGAAAACCUACUGUUAUCUUCGUCGCCGAUCCAUGCGAAACAUCGGUAAUACUGAAUUCCAACGUGUUCAAAGAGAAGUUCAAUAUCUUACGGUGUCACUUAGAUACAAAAGAAGGUUUUAUUAGCUUCUUGGAAGAGCAUGAAAACAAAAAAAUUAGUGCCAUCUACGCUGGCUUUCCUGCAUUUGUGAAAAUUGGCGGUAUGACUCGGGAUAUCAUUGAACAUAAAUCAUUCCCUAAAAAAGACUUAAAAUGCAUCGUGCUUUGUUCAAGAGGUUACAAUGGCUGGGAUCUGGAUGCGUUACGUGAGCAUAACAUUCGAUUGUAUAAUUAUCAAGACGAUCAAAAUGAAGAGUUGAUUGACGAUUUGGAACUCCAUCAAGUCGGUAACGAUGUAGCAGAUUGCGCCUUGUGGCACAUCUUGGAGGGCUUCAGGAAGUUCUCAUAUGGCCAAAAGCUCGCUAGAGAAACUGGGAACACGCUAAUUGCGAGAACAAAGGCCGCAGAAAAGAACGGUUUUGCGUUUGGCCAUCAAGUAGGCAGCAUGUCAAUCGAGUCACCGAGAGGUAAAAAAUGUUUGAUUCUUGGCCUCGGAAGUAUUGGCAAGCAAUUAGCUUACAAGUUGCAAUACGGGCUGGGAAUGGAAAUACACUAUUGCAAAAGAAGUAAGGAUGCCACGAUAUCUCAAAGUGAAAAUUGGGAGUUCCAUAGCCUAGAUAAAACAAUAUAUGCGAAACUACACCAAUUUCAUGCAAUCGUGAUUACGUUACCGGGAACUCCUCAAACGAAACAUUUGAUUAAUGAGAAAUUUUUGCACUAUUGUAAAUCUGAGCUGAUUUUAAUCAAUUUGGGGAGAGGCAUAAUCUUGGACUUAGAAGCUGUGUCCGAUGCCUUGACAAAAGGACAAAUCAAGCAUCUCGGCGUAGAUGUCUUUUAUAAUGAACCUCAAAUAGACCAAAACAUCCAAUAUUUCGAUAAACUUACCUCGAUCACUCCACAUUUGGGAAGUGCGACAAAGGAUGUAUUUGAGCAAAGUUGUGAAUUAGCGUUGGCAAGAAUUUUACAAGUGAUGUCUGGAGAAGCGGCUGCUGAGGAUCGUUUCUCCCGUGUUGUUUAA